AUGUCUGAUCCCAUACCCAUACCCAGCUCUAAAUCGGAGCCUGCACUCGAGUCAAGUUCGUUAUCAUCGGGGCAACGUCUAAAUACCAGAGAUCCACUGACCGGAAGCUCUCCUUCAUGGGACAGCAAAUCACCUACACUAAUACCCUCGGAUAAUGGAAGUCCUCAUCUUUCGAGACGUCCCUCUGCCUCUGAGAGUAGUACAUAUCAAGAAGAUUGGGAACCAUGGCCUCCUCUCGAUAAGAUCACUGUGUUUGAUUUGUUAGAGAACUUUACUUUGCCCCAACAGCUUGAAAAGUUACAGAGAAAUCUAUCCGCACAAUCUCAAAAGGUUCGAAAGCAACGAGAUAAGCUAAAGACAAGUUCGAGUUAUGCGAAGACUCGGGUUGUUGAAGAAUGGCGAAAGCGUGUUCCUACUGCCGAUGAGCAGCUCGAAAGAUAUAAAAAGAGGAUGCGCGAUAGUGUCGACAAACUUGGGACACGUUGGAAUGAUACAAAGGCAGUGACAAUUCGAGAAAAGGUCUCCUUCAUCUGUGGAGUCUUAAAUGUACUCAUCAGUGGCUACUUACUCGGCGGGUACCCUGAGCUAUUUCACAGGUGGUACACUGCCCAAUUGCUAUACUUCAUGCCCAUCAGGUUUUAUUCUUACCAUAAACGGGGAUACCAUUACUUCCUCGCAGAUCUUUGUUACUUUACCAACUUUCUCUGCAUUCUUUCAAUCUGGAUCUUCCCACAAUCGAAACGACUAUUCAUCAGCACUUACUGUCUAGCCAUGGGAAAUAACGCUGUGGCGAUCGCCAUGUGGAGGAAUUCCAUGGUGUUUCACAGUUUCGAUAAGGUUACCUCUCUCUUCAUUCAUAUCAUGCCAUGCGUGACGCUUCACUGUCUGGUUCAUCUCAUAGACCCAUCGACUCAGCAAUCUCGUUUCAGUGCCAUCUACGAUAUACGCACAUCUCCAGUAGGGUCCAGUACUCAUUACGGUCUCCUAUCCAUGGCCCUAUGGUCAUCAAUUCCAUAUGCUGUAUGGCAGCUUUCUUACCAUUUUCUCAUCACUGUUCGCCGUCGCGAGAAGAUUGCUGCAGGACGUCCAACAUCAUUCACCUGGCUACGAAAGUCAUACUCCAAAGCUUGGAUUGGCAAAGCGGUUCUCGCCCUUCCAGAUUCUCUACAAGAGCCUGCAUUUAUGCUUAUUCAAUACUCAUAUGCGUUGCUCACCAUGUUACCAUGCCCUCUAUGGUUCUGGUAUCGAUAUGCAUCUGCGACAUUCCUCAUGGCCGUAUUCUGCUGGUCUGUCUAUAACGGUGCAAAUUACUACAUUGAGGUUUUUGGCAAACGUUUCCAGAACGAGCUUGAGGAAAUGAAGCGAGAAGUCCAGAAAUGGCAAAAUACCCCCGAGUUGAUGGUAUCUCCUAUAUUGACACCUAAAACCGAAGGUGGAGAAAUGCUAGGUGAAAAUGGCGAGACAAAGGGACCGAGUCACCUAAGAAGUACUAGUCUAGAUAAGAUCCCAUUUCUCAACAACCAAAUUGGCAGCACGGGAAUAGAUGGAGGUGCGAGAGAUAUCGCAAAGCCAAGAAAGAUAGGUGACAUGCCAGCUUGA